GUAGACCUCCAAAUAAAGUCACACCUGAAAGCAUCUCUUCCGAGUCCUUGUGCUUCAUGUGUCCGUGUUAUCUGUCCAUCAACUCCACCACACACACUCUCUGGUCGGCUGUCGAGCCCAGAGGAACCGCAAAGGCACGCCUCCCCUCCAGCAUGGACUCCACCUUCAGUGCCUGCUGUCAUACCGCCCUCAUGUUGUGAUACAUGUUAAGGGUGUCGGAAGGGCAGGGGACUCGCCUACCCAAAACCAGAGCCGCCCAAAGGAGCACUCUGACCAGUGUUCUGCAGUUUCUAGAGUCCCGUCCGGCAGCCCACGCCCCUCGCUCCCACCGCACCGCAGGCCUGCAGACGCCUCCCCCUCGACGCCUCCUCUCCUCUCUCCCGCACGGACCCCACGGCAUGCUGGGAAAACGCAGCUACCAUCACCACAGCAGGGCUGAGCCGGACAGGCGCUCAGAGAACCCAGGUACAACAGGUGGACCUCUCCUGCAUAACGGCCGCAACAGCAGCAGCGGAAACACCCGGGGAGGAGUGAUGAUCCGCAAGAGACGUCCCAACUGGAUCGAUGCCCCCGAUGACAGCUUCUUCCUCGUCACCCGGGAGACCAGGAGGGCCAGACGGCUGCUGUCCCGGUCCCAGCUGAGACACGCUUGCCGGCAGCCCUGCGAGCAGAUCACCCUGCGCAGGGUCUCCCAGGGCCCGCCGCAGGGGCUCGUCCUGGCCCCUCCGCACCCUCACCCCAGCCUGAGGAUGCGAGGCCCCAUCGUCAUCCACGACUGAUCAAACACGGACCCUCCGACCUCCACACAC